CAUGCAAAACAAACAAGAGAAAACCCUCCCACUCAACUAAGAUUCAAUCUGCCCCGUUUGAAUUACCGAAACUGUUAUUAUGGAAUCAUCGUCUCCGAUUUCCGAAUCCCAAACGGACCCUCUCUCAACCCCUUCCUUCUCCUCUCUCAACGAUCUCUGUCAUGACCUUACCUCCCUACAAGACCUCGCCACUCGCGGCGCGUGGCGCUCCGUCAUCGACAAGGUCUCACGCGCCAGGGCCCUCAACCUCCUUCAAAACCCUCACGACCAUCUCACCUACCUUGCCUAUAAUGCCCUUGCCUUCGCUAAACUGCGUCGUUUCAACGAAGCCUCCGCUGAGCUUGAUUCCAUGGAGGACCUCGAUAGCCACCAUUACCGCUACGAAACCUAUCCCAAAAUCUACCAUAAUCGAACCGGUUCCAUGGUCCCCUUCUCCCUUCGCUGGCUCCACGCUCUUCUUCCCAUCAAAUUAGGGCACAGAAAUCAAGGUGUGGAUCGCCUUUACACUCUUCUCGAUUUUGUUCGCCAGAAGAUCAGGGACAAGGAGACGAGCAAUCUGCAAGAUUCGGUUCAGAUCUGGAAGAAGAGAGAGGUAUUCGUUGUGAAUUGCAUAAUUGGGAACCAUUUGAGUCACAAGGAGUUCACCGUGUGCUUGAGCUUGUUGAAGGAGCUGCUUUCACAUGACUCUUUGGAUCCAUUGCUGGUUUCACAGCUUGGCUAUGUUCAGUUGCAGAUUGGGGACUUGGAAGGUGCAAAGGUUUCGUUCUCCAAGGUUGAGGGUUUGGUAGAGGAAGCAAAGAAGGGUAAUAACAAUGGUUCGUUGUUGUUGAGUGAGAUUGAGAUGAUGAACCUUGUGAAUAGAAACAAGGCUUUGGUGUAUUUGGUUGGGAAGGAUUAUGUCUCCGCUGUUAGAGAGUAUGAGGAGUGCAUUGAGAGGGAUGGUUCUGAUGUUGUUGCCUUGAACAACAAGGCAUUGUGUUUGAUGUAUCUCAGGGACUUGUCUGAUUCCAUCAAGGUACUUGAGAAUGCACUUGAGACGGUUCCUACCGUGGCACUCAAUGAGACGCUUGUUGUUAACUUGUGUAGCAUGUAUGAGCUGGCCUAUGUGAAUCAUUCGGAUAUUAAGAGGACACUGAGCAAUUGGAUCGCUCGUGUCGCCCCCGACGACUUUGAUGCAACUUGCACUCGGACAUGAGGUACUUUUUAUUUCAUAUGCAAUUUGCACUAUCCAACUGUAAUUGAUGAGUUUGUGAAUUUUUGUUGAUAAUUGUGGUGCUAUGGUAGUUUGAUGAAAUAAAUAGAUGAAACUUUAUAUUGAUAUACUGCUCCGAGUUAGUAUAUCAGGUAGAAGUGUGAUGUCUUAUUGACUGAGAGAUAUGGAACUUACAGAGGAUUGAUUUAAUGAUUUAUAAGUAGGUUAUUGGUUA